AUGAGCUGGACUGACAUUAUACUCCAACAGCUCAAUAUCAGGGACGAAGUUCAGGACAAGGAGUCGCCUUAUUUCCAUGCUUUCACAGUACUAAGCAACCAGCUUCAUAAUCAUACAAGUCAGUCGGAGAUUGGAGCGUCGGAGUUACUCCAUUGGUCUGUGAUAUCCCGUGAGAAUCAUAGACUCAAACAGGAAAACACCGAUCUAAUAGCUUCGCUCAACCAAUCGGCCAUUAACCUUGAAAAAGCGGAAAUGGCCCUUUCCUCAGAGAUAAAGACAAAGAAAUCACUAGAAAAAAUGCUAGCAAGACUGAAUACCAAGAUCGACAAUUUGGGCCAUGAGCUCAAGGAAAAGGAUAAAGCCAUAGAAAUCAUCAACGACGAAAUUCUUCUCCACCAAAUCCAGACCAAUGUGCUAAACGAUAAGGUGGCAGAGUUAUCGCGACAAAACGAAGUCCUUGUCCAAAGACUAAUGACACGAGCUCAGGUAGAAGCCGAAAAGCUCAACGAUGCUAAUGAAAAAGUUCUGAAAAAGCCGCCUAAUUGA